AUUAGUGAAGUUUGUAUUUCUUAUUCACCGUAUUUUAACAAAUUGCGAAUGGAUAAAGUUGCAUUCGAAAUUGAGAUAAUCUCAGCGCAAGAUCUCAAAUGCGUGACAAGUUUUGGAAGGCCAAUGCGCACAUAUUCAGUUGUAUGGAGUGACUCCACCGCUCAAAAGUGUACGAGAAUAGACAGAGAGGGUGGCAGUUACCCCACCUGGAACGAUAAGUUCCAAAUGACUGUCACCAAGGGAUUCCUCAAGCAAAAGGGCUCGGCUGCCUUGGUACAAAUAUACUGUAAAACUAUGACGGGCAACAAGAGAGUGGGAAGCGCUCGAAUGCCUUAUUCCGACAUUUUGGAGGGAUUCACUAAGCCCGAGUCCAUUCACUUUCUGAGCUAUCGAAUUAGGACUCCAAAUGGCAGGCCUCGGGGUUACCUUGAUUUGUCUGUGAGAUUUCUGGAGAAAAUUGAUCCACGCUUAUACAACUCAACACCUCAAUUUCAGAUGAAAUUCCCGGCCUUUCCUUCGAAGCCCAUUAUACCUGCGAGUUCUAGCGGGCAAGGUAAUCGGAGGCCACAAAAUGGUUAUUCGAUUGGCAUUCCCCUUCGAACUCCUAUUCUUCCAUGAACGCAACGAUUUUGGAACCAGCAAACUCAUCGUAUGGUUAUCCAUACAGUGCCCGCGUUUCUCCAUUUAAUUUCUGAUAAGCUGUAAUGCCCAUUAUUAUCUGUGUCGUUUUGAAUGAGACUUAAAAUUCACUGCAAAACCUAAGAAUAAGUUAGCCUCUAUGUGUUAUCAUGUUUACCGUAUGUGGUCUGUAGAAUAUCAUAAUUCCUGUAAAAUAUCAAGAGUUGGAAGUAAUAGUGUUCCGACAAAUAAUUUUUAACUGGAACAUUAACAAACACGGCAAAUUAUGUUGGAAUAAAUUUCUCCCACAUGAACAAAACCUGAUUAUAAAAUCAGAUGGUGAUAAGAUUGCCCGGCUAUGUUCUUCAUCGCCUUACUGCCGACUAUGAUGGAGACCGACCAAAUUCACCGACUUCUUCACGGCCAGUGGAAGACCGCCUUGUAUCCACCGCUUAUCUUCUUUGCUGACAACCUUACAUAAUCUCAAACUCAUGUUUAUCUUCUCUUAGCUUGUCGUGCACUGCAAGUAUGGA